AAAGCACCGCGGGAAAGGGCGAGGGAAACUGGCAAAGCACACGUUCCUGCAAGUGCAAGAGGUUCUGUCCACGACUACGGCAACGAUCACGGUGAGGUAGAAGAUGAAGAUGGAGUUGUCGACGAAGAUGAAUAUAUCACCGCUUGGUCUUCAAGUGCAACCGACAGCCAACGCUUGCGGCCUAUUGGGUAUUUGUAUGUAGCGCCUGAUCCGAGCUUAACACGCGGCGGCCUUGCUGUUGACCCAAGGGAAGAAAAGACC